AUGGUAGAAUAUGCUGAAAAGUAUGAGGACAUGAUUGCUUACUCUAAGCAAGCCAUGUAUGCACUAGAUGAUAAGUGGAAAGUUGAUCAGUUUCUAUUUGUAAAGAUUGAACAUCAAAAGCCAAGUGGAUUGUUACGACCCCUAGAAAUUCCAAUGUGUAAAUGGGAUAGUAUUUCCAUGGACUUUGCAGUUAGGUUACCAUAUACGCAAGGUGGUUAUGACUCUAUAUGGGCGAUUGUGGAUCGAUUAAUUAAUUACCAUGCAAGCAUAAGAAUAGCUCCUUAUGAGGCUUUGUAUAUGAGAAAAUGUAGAACACCUCCUUGUUGGACGGAAGUUGGUGAAGAAAGGAUUUUAGGACCGAAGAUUGUUCAAGAGACCACAAAGAAGAUAAGAAUGGUUAGUGGGAAAGUGAAUAAAGCCCAAGAACGUCAGGAGAGUUAUGCAGAUAAUAGAAUAAGACCAUUAGAAUUUAAGGAAGGUGACCACGUGUUUUUGAAAGUUACUCCAAGGUUGAGAUUGAAUUUCCCUUUUAAGUUGCAUAAGUUAAGUUCGAGAUAUGCAGUACCAUAUCAUAUUAUUGAGAGGAUCGACGAAGUAGCUUACAUAUUAGCCUUACCACCUUCUUUAUCUGAUAUGCGUGAUGUUUUUCAAGUAUCUCAGCUUCGAAAAUUCAUUCUUGAUUCCAUUUAG